CAAUGUUCUUUAGCAAUGCCAGUCUAAGUGCCCUUCAUCCAACAUGUCCUUAAGAAAGCUCAUUCAGCAAAACCGCAAUGCCAAUUUUGUGGGCUACUGUGUUAGUCCAAGUUACACACCUAACUUAGAGCCGAUGUGCAGUCCCCAGAUGGAUAAUAGAAGAAUUCAGAGUCUGGCAAACACAGUGGGGACGUUACCAAGGGGACGCAAACAGCUUGCUUUAACCAGAUCAAGUUCCUUAGGUGACUCUUCUGGGCCACAAAGACGGCUUCUUGCUAUUGUCAAAGAAGAUAAUGAAACAUUUGGAUUUGAAAUUGAGACACAUAGAUUACACCACCAAAAUGCUUGCUCCCUGCAAGUAUGCACUUAUGUCUGCAGAAUACAAGAAGAAAGUCCUGCCCAUCUUUCUGGUCUGCAAACAGGUGAUAUUCUAGCCAAUAUCAAUGGAGUGAACACUGAAGGUUUUAGUCACAAGCAAAUGGUGGACUUGAUAAAAUCUUCAGGGAAUUAUUUAAGAUUAGAGACUGUUAAUGGAACCAGGAUUGUUAGGAGAAUGGAACUUGAAACCAAGCUGCAGUUAUUGAAGCAAACUUUGGAGGAAAAAUGGGUGGAGUUCCGAUCUCUGCAAUUACAGGAACAACGCUUGCUGCAUGGGGAGAUGACUGACAACAACUUUGACACCCUGGAACUGGAGUCCAAUUUAUUUGGUAAUUGUGCUUCACCAAGGCCUGCCUUCCCAAUUAAACCCCGAUUCUCCAGCGAAAGCAGCUGUAAAAGCCGGCUGAGCUCAAUGACAGUGGACAGUGAGGAUAGCUUCUACCAGACCUGUGUUUUUGAGGAUUCUGCUCAUGAGACUCUGAGCCAGCAAUCGAGCACAGAUGACGAUUGCUUCUUUUCGAGGGACAAUGACACUGAAGUAGGGAAAUAUUCACUGAGGAGGAACAGAAGCAUCAGUCUGGCUAGCAGUGGAUCAAUGUCGCCCUCAUGGGAGGGAGGCAGUUUUUCAAAUAUUUUUGGAACACUCCCACGGAAAAAUAGGAGAGGGAGUGUCCGAAAGCAGCUUUUAAAAUUCAUUCCAGGUCUUCACCGAGCAGUUGAAGAGGAGGAAAGUCGUGUCUGACAUCUUAAGUAUCGUCUUCAGUAGCCAGGACGGUGUUAGUAUCCAUAGGCAGAAACUGCAGCAGUAAAACCACAUGGCGUCCAGGAUUCAUACUGACUCACCCAGCCACACAUUUUGCCCCGACAUAACCUUAUGACAGGACUGACAUUAUUUAAAGUGCUGAUUUUUUUGAUUAUUCUUGAAUGCAGCUAGCUCACUGUGGACCCAGCUUUGUUAGUAUAGAACAGAUUUUCAGGGACUAACUUUGGUUUGUGGAAAAGCUUUGCAGCGCCUCCCCAUCGACCCUUGUGUUACCAAUGUUGUCCUCUCUGUGUGAGAGUUACAGCUAUUUAUUUCCUAUGUUAGUGAGCCAAAUAUUAUAUUCUUCAAAGAACUUUAUUAAAGGGCCUGCUGCUGCUGAAAUCAUUGGCAGAAGUCCCAUCGUGAGCAGGAUCAGGCCCCACGUAUACAAGUGUGCACACCACAGAAGAACAAAACUGUGAAAAGAAGUGCAGUAACUAGAAGUCUGAAGGAUUUACUUGUAUGUUUGUUAACCUUGUUGCCUGUGCUGUGGCUCAGACUAGGGUAUAUUUGAGUUUCUGAAGCAGAGACUAGGGACUUUUAUUUAAAUGCAAUUGUCAUUCUAGUCAGUAAGCUAGAGACCACAUUUCUCCAGUCAGUCACACCCAUAGGACAGCAUGCACAUGCUGCAGGGCCCGUAGCAGUAACUCCUAGGAUAUCACUGGGAUUUUUCUUGUCUCUCCAUACUAAUAUUUUAACAUAAAUCAUAACCUAUGGCCCACACUUUCAGACCUGUCUGGUCCUCAUGGUUGAAAUCACUGAUAUAUCAUGCUUAGUCUUUACCAUCACAGGAAAUCUGAAAUCUAGGGUCACUCACAAACUUACAUGAUUCCUCAGAUAAUAACCCAAAGCUUUUGUCAUAUGGCAGCUCAUUCAGUACCAUUGUCUGUUUUUACACUAGACUGGCCACAAUAGCUGAGUUACUGAGCUUUUUAAACAUGGUGUGUGUGUGUGUGUGUGUGUGUGUGUGUGUGUGUGUGUGUGUGUGUGUGUGUUUCAUUCAUCUGGGUGUGGGGGACAAACUGGGACCAUUAAACGUAAAUGAACUUGGGAGUCAAAACAUUUCAAUUUUCUAAAAACUGGUGGAGAAAAGCAUAAAGGGUUAUUGGCUUAAAAAAUGGCUAGGGUAUCUGAAAUAUGAGACAACUGCAGAGCCACACUCCUUGGACUAUGAUUGAGUAUGUUUGGAGGAGGUAUUCAACUGAGGUAUGUUGUUUGAUCUGCAGCUGCAGGGUAGUAUAGAAAGAGAGAGGAAGUGGCUUUCUGGUGUUGCUGGUAUCGGACUGACAUUAGGUUCAGUAACAUGAAUUGACCUUGUACUUAGCAGCAGUGAUGACAAAGAUAAUUGAAAUGGUGAACACCAAAGAAAUACUGGACAGAUGUGUACAGAUCAAAAUAACAUCCAUUGCAGUAGUUUGGUAACAAACGGUUUGGAAUAGAUUUCAGUGAUUUGUAAUGAGAUGCCAGAAAAGGAGUCUUCCAGGGUGAACUGAUUGAAAACAGAAAGAAAAGGAAAACCGAAUGACAGCACAAGGUUCUGGAAAACUAGUGAUAUAGUCUGACUGCUUUUGUGUUUUCUCUGCUUCAAGACCCUGCUAUGACAGCUCAGGUGGGCCCAUUAUCCCUGCUUAUAGUGACAUGUCUCUAACUCCUGUCACUUGUUUCUGAAAUUCUAAUCAGGCUUAUUGAAAACAUAUUUCCCUGUACUGUGCAUAUGUCAGGCUCAGUAACAAGUAAUUUAAAGGUCAUGCUUCUUCACUGUCACCAGUUGAGAUUGUUGCAGUCAAAGAAGCAUAUCAGAAUUUCAGCAGUCUUGAGAAAAUAUUGAUCAGCGAACAAUGACCUAAAUACAGUACAUCAAAUGAAUUCUCCUUCUUCAAGUUUCCAUAGAAAUAAGUACAUCCCUUCCUACGCCAUUCUCCUGGGAUGUUCUGCAGUUACCAAUGGGAUUUUGUUUUGUUUCUGAAUGGAAUGUGAGAUUUCAGUCUCACCUUCAAAAACUCCUUACAAAUCAGUGUCAGGGAAGUGUGCCUUUUGGGAUUCAAACCCCAUAAACAAGCUUGCACUCUUAAGGACUUCAUGGAACUCUCUAUACAGUAUUUUGGUGUUUUACUGCUGCUGAAACAAAAGGGUCAGCAAUUGUCUAGGUUUUUUUUAGGACUAAAGAUUUCUGUAGUGUAUGGAUUGAAGAUGGAAGGGAUAGUUUACCCAAGAUUAUAGGAAAUUAUUUAAUAAGUUUGGAUAUAGAAUGGGAAGGAAAGGAGACACUUUAUGUAUAUAUCAGGCAUUAUGUGUGCAUAACACUUAUAAUAGAUUAAGCACAAAUUAAGUCUUCUAAACUGUGGCAAAACUUUUCAAAACAUAGCAUAGAUGGAAGAAGUGUUAAUGUAAUUAUCUAUAAGAAUAUCUUUUGUUUACAUGACUCACUUGGUUUUAACUGAUGACAAAAAAAAAUAGAGCAUUCAGAGGUAGUUUAUGCUUCAGACAUUUCUCUAACAAGAUGUCAGUUGUGUUUAAAACAUCAAAGUCAAACCAGCAAGUUUCACCACCACAAACAAACAAAAAGUCAAAGAAAUAUCCUCCAUUGUACCCAAUAUUCCUUUAGUUGAUAAAUUUGUUUUGAAGGCACAUCUUCCAAGGUGAUUUAGCCGCCUAACGCUUGUUAAACCAACAAGAGCUGUGAACUAACAUUUUAAAUAGUUUUUAUAUUUUUUUUCUAAGAGGAUUAAAAAGAUUGUAGUACAGCAAUUCUCCAUGUGAAGUUGAGGGAAGGGAAACAUUACAUGAACAUGGGGGAAGCUUCAUUGCUGUUUAUUACGGGAACCACAUUUGUUUGUUUAUUCAGUUUAACAUAUAUGUUUAUUAUUAUGCUAAAAAUUGAACUUGUGCUAUAACCCCCUAAAUUCCCAUGUCUCUGGUGGUUCAAAGUCUAACUCUUGGUCCAGCUGAGCUCUGAAUUUCCUGGCUGGCCCUUAACCUGAGCAAAACCAAAGCCCUUGAUUCAAAUAACCCCACACCUGGAUCCAAUCUAAUUUUUGCAUCUGGAGUCCAUUUCUGAGUCAACACAGUAAAUCCCAGGCAAAAAGUUAAGAUACAUCACAUGUAUUUUCAGAAAUUGCUUUCUUGUUUUGUUUUUGUUUUUCACCCACAGUUAUUUUUAGAUGCAAUGUCACUAGGAUGUCCUGUGGGAAAAAUUAGAUGCUUAGAUGUCCAAGUGAAAGUGACUGCAGGCACAGUGAUGCUCUAGUGAAGGCUGGAUUGAAAAUUAUGCCCAUAAUACCACUCUGAGAACAUAUAGGGCCUAACACUUCAACCUCAAUCCCAAAUAUUCAGGUGCAAUUUUGCAAAUGCAAAUACUUGGGCCCACAUCUUGCACAUGCAAAUAACUGCAGUUGCACAUGGUAGGACCUAGACAUGUAACAAUCCAACAUAUAGGUACAAAUAAUGAGGCAGAGUUAUUUGUGCAUGCAAAAUUGCACCUGCCAAGUUAGAAGCCAUCUCUGAAAAUCAGGCCUUUUAAAUAUAGGAAGUUUCUAAUUGAAAAUCCUGCAUUAAAGUAAAUAUUUUCUUUCUUAGCAUGUCUACCGUACAUGUAGGUUAGAAUCCUGGCCCUACUGAAGUACAUUGAUUUCAAUAGGGCCAGGAUUUCACCCUAUUUAGGAACAGGAAUUCCAUAGCUGUGUUAAAAUUUUACUCACAAGUAAAAAAUCCAUUUCAUAUUAAAACUGUAGAAUAUUGUUGCAGGAAAAGGGUCUCUGGUUUGUGCUGAAGUACACACAAAUUGGGAGGUAAUGAAUAUGCAACUGAUAAGUGCAAAGGUGGGCUUUGCAUAAAAUGGUUUGCAUAUACAUGGAUCAGGGGCCCCUUGAACAUAUCCCAUGUGGCUAAAUCCUUUCUCCCCUUUAAGGGAUUUACCUACAUCCUUGGUGGUUGUAUAUCAGAGCAAUGAAAAUGGCUGGAGUCAGUCUUUUAAUUUGGGCUUGAUCAGUUUAACAGGACAUAUGGAUCUGAAUUUUGUGCUGCACUUUAACAGCAGUGAGGAACUAGAGAUAGGCCAGAACCACAAAUUUCAGAUCCAAAUAUGGAUUUCAAGUCCUUUAGUGUUUGAGAGGUUGUUCCACAUGGAGCAACCCAACCUUCAUCAGACCUCCUUCUCCCCAAGGUAUGAGGGUGUUUGGAACUAGGGUUUUGGUCUGAGACCAUCUCCACAAGCAACAGAUGUUCUCAGACUUUCCUGUUGGACCUGAAGGUGAAAGUUUGUACCCUUGCACCAUCAAUAAUGUGAGUAGCUAAAGGCUGACUCUGUGCACUUGGUAAGAACCCCCUCAUAAGUCAACGUGAUGAGAUAUUGGUUAAGUACCAAGUUAUUAAUCAACCAGCCAGGGAAUUCAGCUGGUCAGGUGAGGAUGAUUAAAAGAGAGACAGGAGGGAGAGGGGCAGGCAGGGCAAAGGAGCCAAUUAUCUUAGAGAGGUGAGAUCUCUCCCUCUCUUCUGCACUUUGCCUUGGUAUUAGGUAAAGACCUGAGGAAAAGUCGUAUGCUGUAGGGAACAAAUGUUUAUAAAGCACUUGGCGUUGAACUUGCUACUGGUGUGUAUGAGGACUAUUUGCAUUAAGGAUCCAGGAUAAGGGAACCCUGCCCUGUGACAAUAAACAGACAUUUUAUUUGUGUUGAGUCAAAUGCAACGUCAAAGUCUAAACUG